AUGAGUACAUCCAUUUUUGAUACAAGACCUUCCCAGAAGGAUAUAAUAAUAAUAUUACAUCAAUAUACAACCCUGUCUAUAAAUUAUUUAUAUACAAAUGACUAUGAUAUCUAUAUCAUUUCUAACCUAAACAUCUUCGAUAAAUAUCUUAGGAGAGAAUUAUCACAGAAUACACACAGAAAAGUAACCGUAAUAACAGUUCUAGGAGACACAGAGGAUGUUAUACAUGCAAUUGAGUUUUUAAAUUCCUUUGAUAACAGUGAGGGAAGGCUACAAGAAAAGAACCAAUUUGCAGAAGAAUACGCCUAUUACUUAAAGAAGAUACAAUACGGGGAGGAUACAAACGGGUACGGACUAGAGGAUGGGGAAUUAAACUUUCCUCCGGGGUGUUGUGAUAUGCCCUUAUCAUUUGAAUUAAUUGUGGUGCUUGAUAACACAGAGCUUAAGAAUGACCAUUUAUCACCGAGAAGCGUAUUCUUACAACAGCUAUUUAGGUUUAUAUCCUUAAAACAUGGUGGCACGUUCGUAUGUACAUCGAACACGCAAGCACUUAUUACCAGUGAAAAAGUUCUAUUGCACUUUUUGCUGCAAAUUGGCCAUCAGCACACAACCAAAACACCACGAAUCCAACUGAACAAACCCGAGGCGAUUGCUAUAUAUGAAUCAGAUCACAGCGUUAAUGGUGAAUAUUUACAUAUAUGUCUCUUGUCACCAAAAGGGUGGGAUUCAUGGAGCAAAAUACAAAUAUUGGCCACACCCAUAGUCCAUGAAAAGGACAAAUCAAAGUACAAUAUUCUUUCAAAUGAAAAUGAAUUCAAUAAGCUCAAUCGAGUGUACAAUGCCUACUUAGACUUCUCGAACUCGUAUGUUAACCAAAAUACAGCAGAACACCAUAAAGCUGAAGAAUGUAAAAAUGAUUUAUUUUUAUUGCUUUUGACUGAUUACAAGAACACAAAGAAAACUCAUGAUAUACGGAGGAAGCAAGGUAUAUCACUUGAAGAAGUUUUAGAGAAUCUACAAUAG